GUGAGAAACUGAAGCAUUUGCAUGAGGAAAUGUGUGUUUGGGGAGAGUCAGCCUGUGAGGACCACAUGACAAGGCAAGAAGAUUCCAUGUCAUAUUGUCUAUCCACGUUUCUAUGUCUCUACCAUUGUAUCCAUCUAUCUAUGUAACUACGUAUUUAUCUAUGUAUCCAUCUAUAUAUGUAACUAUCUAGCUAUCUAUGUAUCCAUCUAUGUAACUAAGUAUCAAUUCAACUCUAUAUGUUUAAGCAUCUAUAUAUCUAUGUAUGUUAGUAUCUGUGUAUGUCUCUAUGUCUCUAAGUGUCUAUGUGACUAUCUUGAUAUCCAUCUAUGCAUCUAUGUAUCUACCUAUGACAAUAUCUGUUUGUGUAUCUGUGCUACUGUACUUCUAUAUUUCUGAGUAUCUAUAUGUCAUCCAUCCAUCAUUCUGUCGUCUGUGUCUGUCAAUGAUGAAUUACUUGUAUGUGGCUUUCAUCUGGGCACGGCCUCAGCCUGGUGAGGAAACAUCUCACUAGCAAUGCCUCCCGGAAAUGAUGGCCUCUCAGGUUCUUCAAAUUGGGGAACAUGGGCCUGGGAGCAGCCACACUCCCUUCCUGGCAGACCACGGAAAUGAGCCCCUGACCUGGCCCCUGCACACUUCCUGACUGGCCGAGCCCUGGCUUGCCUCACCGGGCACAAGGGCAGAGAAGCGGUUGAGAGGCUGGCGCUCAUGUACCCCCAUCUCACCACCCUCCUGGGCCUGGGGCUCUGUCUGGGCCAGGUGAUCCACAUGCAGGAGGGGGCCCUGCCCAAACCCUCCCUCAGGGCUGAACCAGGCCCUGUGGUCCCCUGGAAACGGCCUGUGACCUUCGUGUGCCAGGGCCCAGCUGAGGCUAAGGUAUGUCUCCUGGACAAGGAUGGAAGACGUAUACACAAUUUUCAGGACAGUGUGCCACUAGAUGGCUCACAGGAGACAGAGGCCAGGUUCUUCUUCCCUGUGGCGAGUGAAGACACUGCUGGGAGUUACCGCUGCCUCUGUCUGACCCAGUUCGGCUUGUCUGAGCGCAGUGAGCCCCUGCAGCUGCAGGUGACAGAGGAGGAUGCCACUCGGUCCUCAGGGCCCCUGCCCAAACCCUCCUUCAGGGCCGAGCCAGGCCCUGUGAUCUCCCAGGGACGGCCUGUGACCUUCGUGUGCCAGGUCGCCGCUGAGGCUAAGGUAUGCCACCUGGUGAAGGAUGGAAGACGUAUACACCAUUAUCAGGACAGUGUGCCUCAAGGUGGCUCACAGGGGACAGAGGCCAGAUUCCUCAUCCCCGUGGUGAGUGAAGAAACUGCUGGGCAUUAUCGCUGUUUCUGUCUUACCCAGUCCAGCUCGUCUGAGCUCAGUGAGCCCCUGCAGCUGCAGGUGACAGAAGAGGAUGACUUCACUCCGCCCUCAGGCCCCGCCUCCCGGGAUUACACGGUGGAGAACAGUAUCCGCUUGGGCCUGGCAGGCGUGGUCUUGCUGAUCCUGGUGGCGAUUCUGGUGGAAGCUGGGCUCAGCCAGCGCAGGUCCCCACAGGGACCACAGGAAUAAAGGCAAAGGAGCCCCCCGAAGAUAGGGGGCUGCAGGGCCACAGCAAGGUCCUCCCCGAGGGCCCAGAGGCUCAUGCUGGAGC